AUGGGAAGUGGCCAAACUCUAGUAACUGAUUUACUGUCAAAAUUGUCUGUCAAUUUCAAGAUUAGAGAUCUUGGUGAACCAAGUUUCUUUCUUGGCAUUAAAAUUGUUAAAUGUGAUAAUGGCAUUCUACUAUCUCAACUGGGAUAUAUGAAUGACAUCUUGAAACGUGCGGGGAUGGCAGAAUGCAAACUUCUUUCUACUCCUUUAUCCGUUUCGAAAACCUUUAGUGCAGACUUAUAUGAUGAUCCUACACAGUACAUGAGCCUAGAUGGAGCACUGCAAUACCUCACCAUCACACGGCCUAAUUUAUCUUUUGCGGUCAAUCAACUAUGUCAACACAUGCAUGCUCCUGCAAUUUCACAUUGA